AUGGGGACGUUGCUCAUCUCCAAGGUGAGAGAGGAAUAUCCCGACAGGAUCAUGGAGACGUUUAGUAUUAUUCCGUCCCCAAAGGUCAGCGACACAGUGGUGGAACCAUAUAACGCGGUUUUGUCAUUCCACCAGUUGGGCCUCAAGAUGGCAGUUGCCUUCGCAGGUAAUUCAACAGCCAUUCAGGAAAUGUUUAAACGUGUAGCAGAGUACUUCACGGCGAUGUUCCGGCGCAAGGCCUUCCUGCACUGGUACACCGGCGAGGGCAUGGACGAGAUGGAGUUCACCGAGGCGGAGAGCAACAUGAACGACCUUGUCUCGGAGUACCAGCAGUACCAGGAUGCCACUGCGAUCUGCAUCCACAUUGGGCAGGCGGGUGUGCAGAUUGGCAAUGCAUGCUGGGAGCUUUUCUGCCUUGAGCACGGUAUCCAGCCUGACGGCCAGAUGCCCUCUGAUAAGACGAUCGGAGGCGGCGACGAUGCCUUCAACACGUUCUUUUCCGAGACUGGCGCCGGCAAGCACGUCCCCCGCUGUGUGAUGGUCGACCUGGAGCCCACUGUGGUCGAUGAAGUACGCACGGGUACCUACCGUCAGCUGUUCCACCCCGAGCAGCUCAUCUCUGGCAAGGAGGACGCCGCGAACAACUUCGCGCGAGGGCACUACACCAUCGGCAAGGAGAUCGUCGACCUCGUGCUGGAUCGGAUCAGGAAGUUGGCCGACAACUGCACUGGCCUCCAGGGCUUCAUGAUCUACAAUGCCGUCGGCGGAGGCACCGGCUCCGGGCUCGGCUGCCUGAUGCUGGAGCGUUUGUCUGUGGACUACGGGAAGAAGACGAAGGUCUCUUUCACAGUGUGGGCGUGCCCGCAGGUCGCCACGGCAGUGGUGGAGCCCUACAACACUGUGCUUUGCGUGCACUCCCUCCUGGAGCACACAGAUGUCACCAUCAUGUAUGACAACGAGGCAUUGUACGAUAUAUGCCGCCGCAAUCUUGACAUCGAGCGCCCUACUUACACCAACCUGAACAGGCUGCUGGCGCAGAUCAUCUCCUCGCUGACAGCGUCGUUGCGCUUCGAUGGUGCUCUGAACGUUGACAUCACCGAGUUCCAGACGAACUUGGUGCCCUACCCACGUAUUCACUUCAUGCUCUCCAGCUAUGCACCCGUGAUCUCUGCGGAGAAGGCGUACCAUGAACAGCUGUCAGUGGCGGAGAUCACCAUGUCCGUCUUCGAACCAGCAUCCAUGUUCGUGAAGUGUGAUCCUCGUCAUGGCAAGUAUAUGGCAUGCUGUAUGAUGUACCGUGGAGACGUAGUGCCCAAAGAUGUGAACGCUGCGGUAGCUACUAUAAAGACCAAGCGCACCAUUCAAUUCGUGGACUGGUGCCCCACGGGCUUCAAGUGCGGCAUCAACUAUCAGCCUCCCACAGUGGUCCCUGGUGGCGACCUGGCCAAAGUCAUGCGUGCCUGCUGCAUGAUCAGCAACUCCACCGCCAUCGCAGAGGUCUUCUCGCGCAUCGACCACAAGUUCGACCUCAUGUACUCGAAGCGCGCGUUCGUGCACUGGUAUGUGGGCGAGGGUAUGGAGGAGGGUGAGUUCUCCGAGGCUCGCGAGGACCUGGCGGCGCUGGAGAAGGACUACGAGGAGGUGGGCAUCGAGACCGCGGAGGGCGAGGGCGAGGAAGAGGGCUACGGCGACGAGUUCUGA